AUGAGAGCGAAUUCUGCAACUAAUGCAUCCAGUAGCAAAAUUGCAUCAACUAGUACUACUGUCCCUAUAGUUCCUGUCGCUUCUAAAUCUUCAGCAAGCCCCCCAGCUUCGCCGACGGUUAUUCUAAUUUCUACAUCAAAAAAUAAUUCACCCUCUUCAACGUCCACAUCUACUGCUGCAAAACCACAAACGACGACAACAUUCAAGACUGUUGUACUAUCCACUAUCGAAGGAUCACAUACCAGUUUAAUCACAACGGUAACUCCGAUCGUCACUACGGAAACACCAAAUAAAGCAACACAAGUCGUUACAGCUGGUGGAAGUCGACCUACUACUACUCCUACUCAGAAUAACGUAGGCACCUUGUUUUCGAAUGCUGAGAGAAAUGAUGACUUUGCGAUUUUGAGGAAUAUUGCGAUUGGAUUGGCGACGAUUGUUGGAGCAUUUUUGUGA